GUUGAGACUAUUGGCGAUGCAUAUAUGGUAGCAUCCGGGCUACCACUCCGCAACGAGAACAACCACGUGACACAGAUUGCACGAAUGUCACUAGCGUUGCUCAAUGCUAUUAAAGAAUUCAAGAUUCGACAUCGCCCGGAGGAUCUUCUUAAGCUUCGUAUUGGUAUACAUUCAGGUCCAGUUGUAGCAGGUGUGGUAGGGUUGAAAAUGCCGCGCUAUUGUUUGUUUGGUGACACAGUGAACACUGCUUCUAGGAUGGAAUCAAACGGCAUAGCACAAAAGAUCCAUAUUAGUCCUUCUACCCACGAUUUGUUGGCAUCAAUCGGGGGAUUCCGAACUGACAGUCGCGGUGAAAUCGAAAUAAAGGGGAAAGGGAAGAUGACAACAUACUGGCUCCUCAACAACACGCCUGAUUCUGACAAAGUUGAUACCAAGAAGGGUUAAAGACGCUGUCAAUACAUUGUACAUGUAUAUAUGCUUACUUCUGGCGCUGUAAAUUACAUAGAAAUUUUUUUUUUUUAAAUCUCAAUUUUGAUUUCUUUUGUUGAGAACAAUUGUACAUACUAAUAAGAUAUUUUAAAUGUACGGAAUUCAUAAAUUAUUAUAAGGUUCUUUGUUUCUAAAAAUUCUGAAUAUCUAGCAGAUUAUUAAAGAGUCAUGAGCUUCAUUUUCUUUUUUUAAUCCGUGUAAAUACAGAGUCAAAAUUCCCUUCGUGGAAAAGUAUUUUAAAUGUAUCUUUACAGUUUGUAUCCCAGUG